CACGUUAGUGUUUCACAACCUACUGACUAAAGGCAAUUCUUCCUACAGCCCUUUAUUUGAGUACUGUAGUGGAAAAAGCUAACUGGAUUAAAAGGUCAAGUCAAGCGCUGCCAACAGAAAUCGCCAAGACUGGUAUAAUAAAUUCUGAUCUGGACCUCGGAGAUGGGAGAAGUGCACUAUGUGCCACAGCAAACAGAGCUCAAGUGAGAUGACAUCUUAUUUCCUUGAAUUUUUUUUUAGAAGAGAGGAAAAUGAAUCAUGACUUUUUGGAGGUCACAGUGUAAAAGAAUGGCUGUUUAUAAAUACUUCCAAAUAAGGAUAAUGAACAACAGAAUACUGGAUGAAGAGAAAAAAUUUACUGCCUUUCACUGCAUUCAUAUCUGAGCCAGUUGUUAGAGUGAAAUGCAUCAGAAAAUCAAUAUUUCUUCAGUAGGGCUUAAGUAAGGAAGUUUCAUAUUAUGCAUAUAAAUUUCCUCUUUUUCCUCACAAAUGAUCAAAUGAAAAUGUAGCAGUACUUACAUCAGUACUUUGGAGAUGUGGGACUUGGAGUACGCAUUAAAUGGAAAAAUGUUCUCUCUAAAAAUGUCUGCAGUUCAAAUGUAAAAUUAAACCAGGCAGAAGAGGAGCUAAGCUGAUCAUUUUGAAAUGGUGGUUCUGCUGAACUCUUGUCAUGGUUGUACUCUAAAGGGAGACAGCCUGGGAAUACUGGGAGGUUUUCUUGCUCUGGCCUGGACUCACCCAUGGUCACAGAUGCUUUGGAGCCUCCAGCUGCUGCUUGAACUCCUCCUCAGGUCAUGGACCCCUUGACUUGAGUUCACAUGGAGCUCCAGUCUGCCCAGUACAGUGGCACAGAAACACUGCUGUUAUCUGAAUGUUUGCAAGCACAGUCGAGUAAGAUGAUAAGUGGUACAGCAAACAGUGAAAGCAACAAACCAGCCACUAACGAGCACCAGACACUUGUGUACAGAAGGAAAACAAGUCCCAUGGCAAGCACAGGAGUCUGUCAACAGAUAAAUAGCAACAGCAGCUAUAUAUGUGAUCCAGCACAUUCCAGACAAAUCUGUUGUUGCCUUGAACCCUUCAAGUCCCACAUUGGAUGCUGAAAAGAACAUUUGUGGUUUAACUCCAAUGGACAACUGGCUCCACAACAGUAAAGUGAGAAAACGUGGUUGAGAUACAGACAAUUUAACAGAGAAGCAAUUCCUUCAUUGCCUGCCUGGAGCUACAUUCCCUUAACUGGGAACAUGGUUGACUUGACAGAUGGUAUGUCAGCUGAGUUAAACAAAACUCCUGAAUUUUGAAGAUUGCGAUUUGGAGUCGUGGAGAAUUCACAGUCUUUCCACAAUGGCAGAAAGGACAGAUAUUACAAAAUCACAAAUUUCACUGGCUGAAUACAGCCCCGUCAAGCAAUCAGAAAGGACAGAUCGAAGUAGAAAGAAAUCUGGAGAAGAAAAUACAUUGACACUGAAGAAAGAAAUAUCUUUAAUAAAUGGGAUAAGCCUUAUAGUAGGCAACAUGAUUGGUUCAGGUAUCUUUGUAUCUCCCAAAGGAGUUCUCAUCUACAGCAAAUCUUAUGGAUUGUCUUUAAUAAUUUGGGCAAUUGGAGGGAUAUUUUCAGUUUUUGGAGCUCUCUGCUAUGCUGAACUUGGAACCACUAUUACGAAGUCAGGAGCCAGCUAUGCAUAUAUCUUGGAGUCUUUUGGGAGCUUCAUUGCUUUUAUUCGUUUGUGGACCUCACUCCUAAUUGUUGAACCAACUAGUCAGGCAAUCAUUGCCAUCACCUUUGCUAACUACCUAAUUCAACCUUUCUUCCCUACUUGUGACCCUCCGUAUAUGGCUUGUCGUCUCUUAGCAGCUGCUUGUGAAUGUCUUUUAACAUUUAUAAAUUGUGCCUAUGUUAAGUGGGGCACACGUGUGCAGGAUGUAUUUACUUACGCUAAAGUUCUUGCUCUUAUUGCCAUCAUCAUCGCUGGACUCAUUGAAAUAUUCCAGGGACAUACAUGGUACUUUAUGAACUCUUUUGCGGGAUCCUCUACGGAUAUUGGAGAAAUCUCCCUUGCGUUAUAUUCUGCCUUGUUUUCUUACUCUGGCUGGGAUACACUCAAUUAUGUAACAGAAGAAAUCAAAAACCCAGAAAGGAAUUUGCCCCUGGCUAUUGCAGUGUCUAUGCCAAUUGUGACUAUUAUCUAUAUUAUGACUAAUAUAGCUUACUAUACAGUGCUGGAUGCCCAGGCUGUUCUCUCUAGUGAUGCUGUGGCAGUGACAUUUGCUGACCGGGUAUUUGGUAUAUUCAGCUGGACAAUUCCCAUUGCUGUAGCCUUUUCUUGUUUUGGUGGACUUAAUGCUUCAAUUCUAGCAUCAUCAAGGCUAUUUUUUGUAGGAUCACGGGAAGGUCACCUUCCUGACCUGUUGUCUAUGAUCCACAUAAAGAGGUUCACACCUGUGCCAGCACUGCUCUUCAAUUGUUUUAUGACCCUUAUUUACCUAUGUGUGGAAGAUGUCUUCCAGCUAAUUAAUUACUUCAGCUUCAGUUACUGGUUUUUUGUUGGCCUGUCUAUUGCUGGGCAGUUAUAUCUACGCUGGAAAGAACCAGAUCGGCCAAGACCUCUUAAGCUGAGUUUGGCUUUCCCAAUAAUAUUCUGUUUAUGCACAAUAUUUCUGGUGGUAGUGCCACUCUAUAGUGACUUUUUAAAUUCAGUGAUUGGAAUUGCCAUUGCUUUAUCUGGAAUUCCAUUCUUUUUCUUGGGAGUCUAUUUACCUGCAUCAAGGAGACCUAAAUUUAUUAACAAGACUAUAGGUGCAGUCACGCGAUACAUGCAGCUGCUCUGUUACUGUGUUCUAACAGAGAUGGACCCAAAUGAAGAAAUGAAGGUAGAAAUCAAAUCCAACUAAAGUUCAAAGCCAUUACAAGAAGCAGGAGAGGAUGAAGCAAUUACACAAACGAAGGGGAAGAGGUGGAACUCUGGCAGACACAGAAAAACUGUUUUUGGUGGUCUUUCAGAAAUGCUGAAAAUGUUCUUACUUGCAGAUGGACUCCAACGUGGAUCAUGCCCUUUUGUCAUCCUCCUAACCUGUGGCAUGUUUCCAGGGCAGGUUUUCACUGGAUAAUGAUGACCUACUCAUUACCUACUCACACAAGCUGUGUGUCAAUACUGUUUCUUCUUCAGAAUUUGUAUGAAAAUGAUAAGAGCUAAUGGAUCAAAUUAGAUUUCUGCAGAACCAGGUGGUGAAGUAAUGCAUUAUUAAGUUAGACUAAAAAACCACUUUGACUCCAAAGACUAAGUCAUUUCCAGCUUAAUUCUGAUGGAUGUUUGCAUGAAAUGAUUUGCUGUACUAUCUCAGUUUUUAUCCCAGAAGAAAACUGGUCACAACAAACUACUUCAUUUGUUUUUCUGCCCCUAAUGAUAAAAUAAGUUCUGCUCCAUUAUUUAUAGACUGAACCUACCUUUCUCCCUUGAAGAUUUUAUUCUGUAUACUACAUGGAAAUGUAUCUGACUGUGGCAAGGGUUUAAUCAGCAAAGCACCUUGGCACUAAAGAUUUGAUUAAUGGUUGUUGAUUUUUUUUCUUGUUAGCUUCUUAGAACUUUGUCCAUUUCUAGUAGGUUUUAUGAAACUUCCAAAAUUAAAAUAUUCGGUUUGAAGCCUAUAA